AUGAUAUGGACAUUGUUCGUGGCGUCGACAUUGGUUGCCGGUCUGUGGUGGUCUCCGGUCUUCGCCAGUAACGACACGGAAGAAGAUGCGGUUUUGGUGUUGACAAAGGAUAACUUCGAUGAGGUCAUCAAAGAAAACAAAUACGUUUUGGUAGAAUUCUUUGCUCUUGGGGUUUACCAAAUCGGUGUUAUUUCAGAUGCCCCAUGGUGUGGACAUUGCAAAGCCCUCGCUCCGGAAUACACGAAUGCUGCCAAUAAGCUGAAGAGCGAAGGAAGCGAAAUCAAGUUGGCAAAAAUCGAUGCCACGAAAGAGAUAGAUCUGGCAGAGAAGUAUGAAGUGCGCGGCUACCCUACCCUGAAGUUCUUCAAAAAUGGCGCCCAAUUCGAGUAUACAGGUGGUCGAACUGGCGAACAGAUUAUCGAGUGGUUGAACAAGAAGAGUGGUCCUCCUGCCAAAGACAUAAACACAGUCGAAGAAGCGAAGAAUUUCAAGUCUUCCUCUGAUGUUGUUGUGGUCGGUUUCUUUAAGAACAAGGAGAGCGACAAAGCAAAGGUGUAUAUGGAAGUUGCCAACAGGUUUGAUGAUAUUUCGUUCGGCAUCACCGCUGAAGAUGCGGUGUAUCAAGAGUUAUCCGUGAACCAAGAUGGUGUCUCAGACGAAGCGGUGGAAUCUUUCGCCGGCGAAUUCACUGCCGAAGUUUUGGCAAACUGGGUUAUGGUCAGCAGCCUGCCGCUGGUCAGCGAAUUCAGCCAAGAGACAGCCCAAAAAAUUUUUGGUGGAAACAUUACGAAGCAUAUGAUCCUGUUCGCUAGCAAGCAGUCAGAGGAGUUCUCGAAAGUCUUAGGAUAUUUUCAGGACGUGGCUCGCAAGUUCAGAGGAGAGGUCGGUGUUCUCUUUGAAGCAUACGCUAACGAACGCUUUGUUUUAACACAGCAGCAAUUUCAGAUACUGUUCGUUUUCAUCAACGUCGACGUUGAGGACAACGAGAAGAUCAUGGACUUCUUUGCACUGAAGAAAGCCGAUGUACCUGCUAUCCGUCUGAUCAGUCUUGGUGAUGGCAUGUUGAAAUAUAAGCCGGACUUCACUGAACUGACCAUCGAAAACAUCGCCAAGUUCGCUGAAGACUAUAUGGCCAAAAAACUGAAACCUCAUCUUUUGUCAGAGGAAAUUCCCGAAGACUGGGACAAAAAACCGGUGAAAGUACUAGUCGCAAAGAACUUCGACGCAGUUGCUCGUGAUCCAGAGAAAACAGUCAUCGUUGAAUUCUAUGCUCCCUGGUGUGGCCAUUGCAAGCAGUUGGCACCGAUUUGGGAAGAACUCGGCGAACGAUACAAAGACAGUGACAAAGUCAUUGUCGCAAAGAUGGACGCAACAGCGAACGAGUUAGAGGAUGUCAAAAUUCAAUCAUUCCCAACCAUUAAGAUGUUCCCUGCUCAUUCUUCAAAGGUAAUCGAUUUUGGAGGAGAACGUACAUUGGAAGGAUUCUCGAAAUUUAUAGACUCUGAAGGGAAGGAAGGCGCCGGGCUCUCCGAUGAGGUCAGAUGUCUUUGUUAUACGGUGAAAUACUCACUUUAUUUAUUUCUCUUCAGGAGAAAGCGACUGCCGAAGGUGAAGAAGAGAAAGAAGAAGAAAAAGCGGAGAAGCACGAGGAACUUUAGUGGCAUUCGCUGUCGCUGUGUUCUCGUUUUCCGCGUCUUCGUCGUCAUCGUUAGUCAGCCUUCGUUUCCCAUAGCAGCGACGAUGAUCCUGAAUCUGAACCAUGGUGCUUCAGCCUCAACCUCAGCCUCGGCUCACGGCUGCAUUUUGCUGGCGUUGAUGGCGACCCUCGCUGCCGUCGCCGCCGCCGACAUCACAGAGGAGGACGGAGUGCUUGUUCUAACCGACCGCAAUUUCGACAAGGCCGUUAAACAGUAUCCGUACCUGAUGGUGGAGUUCUGUGAGUUCUUCUGCUACUGCGUUUAA